AUGAAAAAAAACAGCUCAUCCAAUGGCAAAACAAGUACUCAUCAUCACAACAACAAAGCCCCUCUAAUUUCUAAAGGAUCGGGUCAUAAUUAUUCAUCACCGAAUCCCAAAGCCAUAGGUAUUAUGAAAGAACUGGAUAAGCCGUACAAGCAGAAUGAAAAGUUAUGGACCGCUGUGGCUUUUCAACAAGAAUUCUUAGACGUACUAAAUAAUAAUGGCCUUUUAUCGAACAAGAAAAAGUUUGAACAAGAUCCUGUUAAACGCAAGCCAACCUUAGCUCAGAAGAUGGGCCUUAGAGAGCCACCUCCAAAACCAUUGAACGCCAUGGAAUGGAAAUCAGUAGAAAGAAUGAUUAUUACCAAUAGGAUUUCUCUCAUCGAAGAUGGUUGUCCUAUAUGCAUGGAGCUGUUUGGUUUUCGUGAUGUUGUGUGUGUCACAAAUUGUGGUCAUAUAUUUCAUGAAAAUUGCCUUAAAGGUUUUGAAAAAUGCAAUUGUUGGAGGAAGAGAUGCUGUCCUAUGUGUCGUUUAGAGGACUAUCAGCGCAACAACACUACCAUACAUUUAAAUUUGCUCAGAAAUUGCAAUGCUCAAACUAUCCAAGCCUUAUUUCGAGGAGUUAUCAUUCGGAAAAAGUAUAGAAAAUUCUUGUUUGAAAAAUAUCCUGAACGACACCAAAAAUUUCUUUUGACAAAGUUGUCCUCAAUCAACUCUAGGCUUGAAGAAACUAUUCAACAGGAUGAAAAGAACGUAGAUGAUUUUUUACGAAACAUUGAUGAGCAGGUCAAACAAAGUUUGAUUUUAAUGAAUAUGCAUGACGAUGAGUGGAAAAAAGUUGAAACAAAAUUGGUAACUGACCAAAAUGAGGAAUGUCCUAUCUGUCUUUGUUUUUUGCAUGAACGACAUUGUGUUGUCACAAGUUGUGGUCAUGUUUUCCAUGACAAGUGCUUGCAAUCAUUUGAGAAUUUCCAAGACAACUCCCAACAUAAAUGCCCGCUUUGUAGACAGUUGUAUGUGAAGAAGCCUUGCGAAACUAAGUUGGACGUUUUAAUGUUGUGA